AAAUAGAAAAACAAGAUGGAAAAUAUAUUAUUUUGGUUGAUAAUUUUCGUCUCUGGAUGGACCCUCUCUGAUGGGUCUGAAACAGAACCAGAUUUUACGUGGCACUUGAACAGAAUACCCCGGGUUGUGAGUGAGAGGACUGUCCAUCUUGCCAGCCCCAUGUUCCAGGCAGAUGCUGGGAUGGUGAUGGCCAGAGUGUGCGGCAUCGAAUGUCAGGAAGAGCUCCCUGCACCCAGCCUUUCCCAACUUGAAGACUCCCUUUCUUAUGAGACGGUCUUUGAGAACGGCACCCGAACCUUAACCAGGGUGAAAGUUCAAGAUCUGUUCCCAGAGCCCACUCGAAAUAGCAGCAUAAAAGGACCAAGCCCUAGGAGGAGGAGGCGGCAGGUGUACGGUACGGACAGCAGGUUCAGCAUCUUGGACAAAAGGUUCUUGACCAAUUUCCCUUUUAAUACAGCUGUGAAGCUGUCCACAGGCUGCAGCGGUGCCCUCAUCUCCCCCAACCACGUGCUCACAGCGGCCCAUUGUGUGCACGAUGGGAAGGACUAUAUCAAAGGCAGUAAAAGGUUGAGGGUAGGAGUGCUGAAGAUGAGAAAUAAAGGAGGCCGCAAGAAACGCAAAGGUUCCCAGAGAAGUCGGAGAGGAGCAGGGGGUGGUGGCCAAAGUCACAGUGGUCAAGAGCAUCCUCAGGAGAGUGCCACCCAAAGACGGGGAAAAGGAUCCAGGAGGGGUCCGAGGGUCACCCAAGGGAGGCCCUCCUUCCAGUGGACCCGCGUCAAGAGCACCCACAUCCCCAAAGGCUGGGCAAGAGGAGAGAGUGGCGACCCGGCCUUAGACUACGACUACGCGCUCCUGGAGCUGAAGCGCGCACACAAGCAGCAGCAUAUGGAGCUGGGAGUCAGCCCCACCAUUGCCAAGCUGCCAGGAGGCCGGAUCCACUUCUCAGGGUUUGACAAUGACAGGGAUGAUCAGUUGGUGUAUCGGUUUUGCAGCGUUUCUGAGGAAUCCAAUGACCUCCUGUACCAGUACUGCGAUGCUGAGGCAGGCUCCACAGGCUCUGGGAUCUACCUGAGGCUCAAAGAGCCAGGCAAAAAAACCUGGAAGCGCAAGAUCAUUGCGGUCUACUCAGGCCACCAGUGGGUGGAUGUGCACGGGGUUCAGAAGGACUACAACGUGGCUGUGCGCAUCACUCCCCUCAAGUACGCCCAGAUUUGCCUCUGGAUCCAUGGAAAUGCAGCCAACUGUGCUUAUGGCUGAGGAAAAAAAGAAGCAUUCAUGCACACCCUGAAUGCCAGAUUAAGGCAGCUCUCACUCUGAGACCACUCACAGGCUAUGCUUGGACUCGGACCUAUCGGUGGUGUGCCAGUGUUUUUACAGACUUCCUUUAUCAAAAUUAGG